AAAACAACUACAAACUACACUCAUAUUCAUGUCUAUAAUCUUAUGAGCUUACCUCAGAGCCCAUUAUCUCAGCUCGUACAUUUAUUAAGGACUAUAUUUUAAUUCAACUUAUCGAAACCUCUCUAUUACGGUCUAGGUCUACUACGAUAUCCAUUUCCAAUGACUUGAUCGUAUCUUUUCUUACCUCUUAUUUUCCUGAAGAUUUUUAUUGGUAAAAUGUCUUCAUCUGCUCCGAAUUUCACCGGCGACGGUCUUCCUCUUCGUUCCGUUUUAAAGCAGGAUGACGAAUCCGAGAGACCAUCCUCUCAGAAUACUGCUACGAGCAUUAAAGCUGUACAAAUAGCCGAACCUGAACCAGAGUUAGAAGACACCUUUCCUAAGAGGCAGUUUUCGGCCGGGAUCGCCAGGCGCCUGAGUGGUCGUUCUCCCGUGCCCGAGUUCAACUCUUCUAGGUCUUCGCUGCUCAGUCAGAAUGGCAUAGAGCCAUCCAGCAGCCAGAUUGGCAACCCGUCUGUACACCAUCAGCAAGAAGGUGGUCGUUCGCAUUCCCAUCGUAGCCAUCACCAAGUAGAUAGAUUUGUUGCUCAAGUCGUCGAUUGGUUGGACCGUGAACGAGUUAAGAAGGACAACAGAGGAUCGAGGAGAAUCCAUUCGCGACGGAACAGGUCCACUAAGGAUGAACCUGACAGGAGCGAUACGCAGCAACAGCCAGAAAGGCACAGGGCAUAUUCAAUUGAUUCUCAAUCCAGUGAUGUAUCGUUAGACAGGCUACAGAAAAUCAUCGACGACGGCAUGACUAAUUUGGGCUUACAUGGGAUACCGCACUAUAGCCCGAAACUUGGGAAGAAGUCCCAACGAAGGAGAUCCGUUACCAUGCAUCGAACCGUUUCGUCGGAUACGGAAUAUCAUGACGGUUCUGUUGUUGUCCCAACUUGUGACGCAGUUCUGGACAACUCAAAGACUUUGGGCUAUUCUGGAGGGAAGCCUUCUUCCACAGACGACCUCGCUACGCUGCUAAGCAAGAAAGCGGAAAAGGAGCGAAAGGCCUGGAUUAGCUUCAAGAACGAAAUCAUCAAGCUUGCGCAUACUCUAAAGUUUAGAGGCUGGAGACGUGUUUCUUUGGACAGCGGCGAGAGUAUCGAUGUUACACGACUUAGUGGAGCUUUGACAAAUGCAGUCUAUGUUGUCUCUCCGCCAGAUGAUUUAGUGAUAAAGGGGGAAGGAAGUAAAAGAACACCGCCGAAACUGCUGCUGAGGAUAUACGGUCCCCAAGCAUCCCACAUCAUCGAUAGACAAAAUGAGUUGCUUGUGCUUAGAAGACUCGCCAAGAAGAAAAUCGGACCUCGCCUGCUGGGGACAUUCACCAACGGCCGCUUUGAGCAAUAUCUAAACGCAGAACCCCUUACCGCAGUCGAGUUGAAAGAUCCAGAUACUUCCAGACAAAUCGCCAAGAGGAUGAGAGAACUACAUGAUGGUAUAGAACUCCUAGAUAAGGAAAUAGACGGCGGACCCAUGGUCUUGAAAAACUGGGAUACUUGGAUCAAUCGAGUCUCACGUGUCGCUACAUACUUGGAUCGAAAGGUACUCACCACCAGCGCUAGUCCCGCUAGAGGUCCGGCCGACGCGUGGAGGCUAAGAGGCUUCGUUUGCGGAGUGGAAUGGGUUACAUUCAAAAGAAUAGUAGACAGGUAUCGGGAAUUCUUGAAUGAUCAUUAUGGUGGUCCCCACGUUAUAAGGGAGCACCUCGUAUUUGCGCAUAGUGAUACGCAAUACGGCAACAUCCUUCGUGUCAAGCCAGAUGACAAGAAGUCGCCGUUGCUUCAACCAAACUACGAGCACAAGCAGUUGGUGGUGAUAGACUUCGAGUAUUCGGGCGCCAACACAAGAGGUCUCGAGUUCGCCAACCACUUCACUGAAUGGUGCUACAACUACCACGACGAGGCUGCACCCCACGCGUGCGACACAGCCAACUACCCAACUCCAGAAGAACAACGUCGCUUUAUCAAGGUUUACGUCAACCACCGCCCCGAGUUUCCUCACCCGGGCGCUUCGACGCCGAACCUAACGCCCCUCGCGACCCCAACCCUCCAGCCUCAACCUAGCACACCCGGGCUCAGCGCCUCGAGCCUGGGCUCGACCAGCUCGAUCAAAGAGUUCAUGCUCGACUCACGUGCGCCGCCUGGAGGCUGGAAGGAAGAAGAGAGGAGGAGGGAGAGCGAGGCUGAAGCUCAGAUUGAGGCCCUUAUGGAAGAGACGCGCAUCUGGCGCGUGGCGAACAGCGCGCAAUGGGUCGCAUGGGGCCUUAUGCAGACCAACAUACCGGGGAUUGAAAAGGAUACCAGCGUCGCCGGCGGGGAGAGUCAGCAAGGUGCCGACGGAGCAGCCCAGCCGGCGGGGCAGGAGGAGGAAGAGAGCGAGGCAGAUGAAGAGUUCGAUUACUUGGGUUACGCCCAGGAACGCGCGUUUUUCUUCCUAGGGGACUGUAUCAAGAUGGGCUUGCUUUCCGAGGAUGAGUUGCCCGAACAGGUCAGAGGGAAGAUCAAGUAUGUGGAUUACUAAGAUAUUCUUCGUUAUUGACACUCACUCAACCUGGGGGGGAGGAGGUAGAGGCAUAUCGUCUGUGAAACAUUCAACACUUCAAGACAGCGAGUAUUUUCUGGGGUCUGUAUGGGUAAUAUCCAGGGACGCUUCGGUUGCCGAGUACCAAAUAUCGGGCACCAGCAAUGUUGUGCAGUCAGCUAAAGGGAUGAUAUAGUGAUAAAUAAAAAGGAAUGAAGUUAAACAGCAGUAUUUCGAAGGCGUCAGGGGUCUGAGUCUCUGGGAGGAUCAGCUUGUAGGGGAUUAGAUCGGAUUGGGGAUCGACCCGUUAUGUAUGACCUUAAUCUCGUUGCUCUUGGAAAUAUCGAUACCUACCUACAUAUUGCUCGAU